GCUACCUUGCGCGACUGUCAUCUGUCAAUUUAAUUGUUGAGUAGAAGAAAAGAUAUUUCUAUUUAUAAUGUGCAAUUUUUGAUUAAUUUAUCUGAUGAUUACUAAUAAAUAAAACGACUCGUACCAUGAGUCUAAAUAUACUUAUGUUUCUACUUCAAUUGUAUAGAAAUAUAGUUUAAUAUCAUUCUUAGUUUGAUCAUUUUAUAACCUUUAUCAGACGGAAACAGUAUUUUCUAACGUAUGUCAGUUAUAUUUAUUUUUUAAAGUAACAAAAUGAAUGUUCCUGAGUUGAUAAAGAUUGGAAAGGUGGAAAAUGUUAGAAUGUUGGACAGAUACAGCAAUAAACAUUCCAUAGGAUCACUAUAUUUAACUGUAACUCAUCUGGUAUUCAUGGAUUCAAAUGGCAAGAAACAAAUUUGGGUGCUCAACACCCAUAUAGCAAGUAUUGAAAAACAACCUCUAACUACAGCAGGAUCUCCCUUGCAUAUUAAAUGCAAACAUUUUUUAACAAUGACAUUUAUUAUUAAUAAAGAAAGAGACUGCCAUGAUAUAUACCUUACAUUAAGUAAACUAUCGUCUCCAGUACGUACUGAAGACCUUUAUUGUUUUUCACGAUCAAAUAAAGAUAUAUCUUCGAAAUACGAUGGUUGGAGUUCGUUUGAUAUUCAACGAGAAUUCCAACGACAGGGUUUGCCUAAUGCUGAAUGGGUCUUGUCUUAUAUUAAUUCAUCAUAUGAACUUUGUGAUACUUACCCUAGAUAUUUGUAUGUUCCUGCAUCUUGUACAAAUAAUAUUCUUGUCGGAAGCGCUAAGUUUCGUAGUAAAGGACGUCUACCAGUAUUGACUUACAUCCAUUCUAAUAAGGCAGCAAUUUGUCGGUGUAGUCAACCCCUUUCCGGAUUCAAUGCUCGUUGUUUUGAAGAUGAACAAAUGCUAUAUCAUAUUCUUCGAACGAACCCAAAUGGAAAAUUUAUGUAUGUUGUAGAUACACGACCAAGAAUUAAUGCUAUGGCUAAUAGAGCUGCCGGGAAAGGGUACGAAAAUGAAAACUUUUAUGACAAUAUAAAAUUUCGUUUCUUCGGUAUUGAAAAUAUUCAUGUAAUGAGAGCAAGUUUAAGUAAACUUAUUGAAUUGCAAAGAACUACAUCAAUGAGUGCUUUUUUGAAUGGAUUGGAGAACAGCGGAUGGUUAAAACACAUCCGGUCUAUUUUGGAAACUGGGUGGUUUAUUGCUAAAGCGGUGUCCUCAGGUAUUACAGUAGUAGUACAUUGUAGUGAUGGAUGGGAUAGAACUGCUCAAGUUUGCUCUAUAGCUGCUUUGCUGUUAGAUCCAUUUUAUAGAACGAUUCAAGGUUUUCAGGCUUUAAUAGAGAAAGAUUGGCUGGCAUUUGGACAUAAAUUUUCUGAUCGAUGUGGCCAUGUAAUAAAUGAUCCUAAAGAAUUGGCACCGAUAUUUACUCAGUUUAUUGAUGCAACGUAUCAAUUGCUUCGACAAUACCCAUACAUGUUUCAAUUUAAUGAAGCUUUUCUUUUAACUCUUCAUGAUCAUGUACAUAGCUGCAAACAUGGCACAUUCGUUGGCAAUAACGAAAAAGAACGACAAUUAUUGCAAUUAUCGGAAAAAACUGAUUCUUUGUGGACGGACAUAGCUAAAAAUAUUAAUGAAUAUAUAAAUCCAGUAUAUGCCUGUAAUAGAUUUAAAGAAGAAUGUAAUAAAGUAUUAGAGCCAAAGUUAUCGCCUCAAAACAUUGAGCUAUGGCGAGGACUUUAUUUUCGAUUUGAAAACGGAAUUCAUGCGAGAGAAACAAGUGAAGACUUCUUGCUAACACUGCAUGAUCAUACGUCUUCUUUAGAAGACCAUGUCAAAUUACUCAUCAAGAGAGUCAAUACAUUAAGUCAAUUGACGGAAUCUAUCACUGCUAAAAAAAAAAGCGAUGAACCAAAGUAUAAAUAUGAUAAUAAAUUUAGUGAUGAUACGAUUUCGGAAAAAAUAAUUGAAAAAUCGAUGGAAGAAGAAGAUAAAGCUAAGACGAAAGCACUGAUAAAUCAAAUAGAGACUGAAUUAAAAAGUGUAGCGCUUGAUUGGAAAUCAAGCAAUAAAGUCAAAGAAUGUUUGUGUUCUCUUAGAUUUGAUGCCUUUAAUAAGAAGAAUCGUUGUUGGUCUUGUGGCAAUGUUUACUGUACAAGAUGUAUGUCUGAAUUUCGAAGUUCAUUACCUGGACAUUUAUCUCAACGUACAGUUCCAACGUGCAUAUCUUGUUCACAAAGCUCGCCGCUCUCUUUAACUUAAAAGAUAGCGAUGACUAUAAAAUGAUGCUUUGGAUGCUUUUAAUUAAAACAAAUUCGAUUUGCAUAAUAAAUUUAAGUCUUAUAUGAAAUAUUUAAUAUAAAAAUGUCACUCGUUUUCAUGAAUCUAUAAUCAAUCGAAAUUAUUGACAGAAUUAUUUUAAAGAAAGAAAUUAUUAUAUGGUCUCUAUUUUUAUUUUUCAAUAUUAUAUUUUAACAUUAUUGAAAUAUUAUUAUUGGAAAAAUGAUGACCAAUAUAAUUAUGUAUAAAAUAUUUUACAAGAUAGUGAAUUUUAUGACAGAUAUAUCAAAAUCAUGUUAAUUAGA